ACCCCAUGCCCCUCAUUGAACCUUCCCAGCACCUUGCAGCCACUGGCGACUUUGGAACUCUGAUUUUUUCCCCCGCCCUGCCUCUCCAUAUGUCCAGUUGCUAUCCAUCAACUAAUGGACUGAUUGAAAUAUGUCGACAACAGAAACAGGCAAGCAGACCGGGCAAAAAGAUGUUACCCCGACCAACCCGCGGGGUAUCCCGUACGCACCUUUUGUCGAUAAGGUUGAGGACUAUGUCACAACACGCGCAGAUGUCGAGCCUACACUCCGGAACUUCCAGGAGAUGAUAUCAAAAUAUCAAUUCAUGGAACUGAAUCUUCAAAAGAGGAAGGCUGGUCUGAAGGACAAGAUACCCGACAUUCAGAAGACAUUAGACUCUGUGCGCUUCCUGAAAAUUAGAAAGGAUGACACUGAGCCAAUUGAGACAACCUUCGAACUGAAUGAUACCCUUUACGCGAACGCCAUGAUCCCGCCCACAAACGAGGUUUACAUUUGGCUUGGCGCGAACGUGAUGCUCUCGUAUCCGAUCGACGAGGCCGAGACAUUACUGGAAUCGAAACUGUCCACGGCGAAACAGAGCUUGUCUAACUGUGAUGAAGACCUGGACUUUUUACGGGAACAGAUUACGACCAUGGAAGUUGCAGUUGCGAGAGUGUAUAAUUGGGAAGUUGUGCAAAAGCGCAAGGAAAAGGAGGCCGAGGAUGGCGCCAGUAAAGACAAGGCCGACGCCGAAUCGAAUGGGUAAUGAACCACUGUAGCUUCGUUUAAUCAUGCAGUGCACCAAGCCACUAUAAAUCAGUUCACACCCA